UAACAUGGCGGAGCAGCGAGCGGAGGAGCUGCACCAGGAGGACACUGCCUCAAAUAGAAGUUUAACUUUCAGUUUUGGGAAUGACUCAGUUCAGGAUGAUGGAGGUGUUGCAGCUAAUUUGCACUCUGAUAUGGAAUCAUCUGAACCAAACUUCAGUACUGCAACCACCGCUGAUGCGCAUGAAAACUUGUCUGAACCAAUGGAUCCAACCACAACAACUGGAGCAGCAGAAAGACACAUCUCCAUCCAACAGUCUCUGGCAGACUUAAAGAAUCUUAUAGAUAUUGAAGGCGCUGGCAAGAAGACCUGUCCUUUGUGUCCAGAAGAAAAGUUUAAACCCAACUAUAGUCACAAGCUACGAAGGCAUUUGCAACAUCUACACUGGAAAGUUUCGAUAGAAUUUGAAGGUUAUAGAAUGUGUAUCUGUCAUUUAGCCUGUCGAAGAAUGAAAACCAAUCUCAAUGGAGAACAGGUUCCAGUGCGGAUUGGAGCACACUACCAUUGUAUUGUCUGUUCCGCUACUAUUGCACGAAGAACAGACAUGAUCAGUCAUAUAACACGACAUUUGAACAAAGGAGAUACAGAAGCCAGCUUCACCGGAGCCACUAGUGGGCAAUUGUCAACCACUAAAGUGAUGAAAGAAGUUGACACUGAUGUUCAUGUAUUUCCGAACCACACAACUCCUCAAAAAACAGACUCUUUCUUUAACCCAAAAAUGAAACCUAACAGACAAUUGAUAUUCUGCACUCUUGCUGUUCUGGCUCAAGAGCGCAAGCCGCUGGAAUGUUUAGACGCUUUUGGUGCUACAGGAAUUAUGGGGUUGCAGUGGGCAAAGCACCUGAGAGAUGCAGUGAAAGUCACGAUAAAUGACAUAAAUGAGGGAUCUGUGAAGAUGAUUGGAGAAAAUUGUCUUCUAAAUCGAAUGAAGGUGGUAAAGAACAUAAAAGAGGAGGAAGAGGACGAAGAUGAGGUUGAGGAAAAUGAGGAUACUUUAGGUAUUAUUGAGGUCACACAAAUGGAUGCCAAUGUACUCAUGCAUUUGAGAGCAUUUGACUUCAUACACCUUGACCCAUUUGGAACAGCAAUAAAUUACUUUGAUGCUGCCUUCAGAAAUGUGAGGAAUCUUGGAAUUGUUUCUGUGACAUCCACUGACAUCAGCACAUUGUACUGCAAGGCCUUAAAUGUCACUAUGCGCCACUAUGGGUGUCAUAUUGUCCGGACAGAAUACUAUAAAGAAGUGGCAGCCAGAAUGGUCAUUGCUUCAAUGGCAAGGGCCGCAGCACGCUGCAACAAGGGGAUUGAGGUUCUAUUCGCUGUAGCUCUGGAACACUUUGUUCUGGUGGUGGUGCGGGUGCUUCGAGGUCCUUCCCAGGCAGAUGAAAGCCUGAAGAAAAUCCGACGCCUGAUACAUUGUCAGUGGUGUGAAGAGCGGGUCUUCUACAAGAAGUGCCAUAUGCUAGAAGAAAGUGCAUACCGUCAGCUGCCGUGUGAUUGUCAUGGAAGUAUGCCAGGAAAAACCGCAGUGGAGCUUGGACCAUUGUGGUCAGGGUCAUUGUUUAACACUGGCUUCUUGCGGAGAAUGCUGUUCGAAGCUGUCCAACAUGGAAUUGAAGACAUUCAGCCUCUGCUAAAGAAUCUUAUCUGUGAAUCUGAAUGCACAACACUGAAGCAUCAUUCAAUAUUUGGGCCAAUGAGUCACAGCAGUCAAGAGGAAAGUGGAGUUGUUAUUAAAACCUUGGCCUCUCAUAAAUCUGGAGCUGAGGAGACAAGCUCAACAUCAUUUUCUGGACAAGAGAAACGGAAGGCCAUUGAAGUGCCUGGAAAUGCAACUAAACGUCAGAAAGGAGAUAUUCCUGCAGAGCAUCCACCAUUCUACUACAGCAUCCAUAGGCACAGUAUUCGAGGAAUGAACAUCCCAAAGAUAAAUAAAUUUCUGCCCUACCUCACACAAGCUGGUUUCCGAGUCGGUCGUACUCAUUUCGACCCAACAGGAAUCCGCACGGAUGCAACUUUAGCACAACUGAAAGCCAUCCUGAUGAAAUACAGUGUGCCAACGCACACUGACAGUCAGCCUGGUGUUCAUAAUCAUGCUUCAGCAGAACCCCUUUCAGAAACUGCACAAGAUCCAACUCCAAAGCUACUUGAACUGGAUCAGCCUGCUGAAGAAGUAAAACCUGAGUCUGGGUAAACUUUAAUGACUCUACACUGACCAAAUUGACUGUUAGCCCCCUGACCAGGUUGGAUUUGCAGCAGAUCAUUUGAUUCUGCAUCGAUGAAGGAUCAGUAGGGGAGAUUGUUAACGCCAUUGUGCAUAAUACUCUGUAAAACUGAUUAUAAGCUUUGUAAAGAAGAAUCCACAGUGUAUUAUUCACCAAUAAAUCAAUGGAUUUGUACAGCUGCCCUUGAAUAGCAAAUAAUAAAGAGGUCAUUCUCCCUUUAGAUAAUUUGUUGGUUCUAUGUAGCAGUUAUGUACUUUCAUUGCAGUGUUGUGGCAUCCUUAACCUACACUGAAUGUUUAUUUUCAUGUUUUGAAGCUUAAUGGAAGAAGCUUUCAAAUAUUUUUUAAAAUAAUAUAUUGCACUGCAUUAUUUCAUUUUACUUUUUUUCAUUGAACAAUGAUUCAAAACCACAGGCAAUCGCGCAAAAGAAAAUUCCUAUUGGAAUUCAGCACUGCACUGCCAGUAAACACCAACCCUACUUAUGGAAAUGUUUUAAGCUUCUAACUUAGACCUUGUAUUUUCAAGGUAAAAAGGAAGUUGAUCUACACUGAAACCCAGAAAUCAAUUGUUUUUUUUUAAUAUACAGUGGAUUCUAGUUAAUUAGGACACAUCAGGACCAGUACAUUUUGGCCAAAUUAAGCGAUGCCCCAAUUAGCCAAAGUCUCAUGGAAAUAUUAAAAAACAUAAAAAAAGACAAAAUAUCAUUUAACUAACAAGCUACUCAGUACUAUAAAACUGUGUAUUAAUUCCUAAUAUUCAUUGUCAAAGGAAUUUAUCCAGUGUACUCUGCGGCAUUCUUUAGAUUGACUAUAAAUAAACAAAAUCCACACAGAUGUCCCAGUACAGAUAAUGGACUGCCUUCAUACAAUUCUUUCAAUGACUGCAUCCUCCAAAUCUUCCUUUUCGUUAUAACAUUCAAGAUGAUUUUCGACACCUUAAAUUCUUCACGGAUCCUAACUUAGUGAUGUAGUGAAAUCAUUUCAUAUUCACUCCCGAUCAUUUCUCGAUCUCCCCACACCUGAAUGCUUGAAACCACAGUGAGCAAAACAGUUCUGAAUUUUCUUCAUAUUUCCCGCCAACUAUCAGUGACAAAAAUCACUGCUCUUUGAUGCUAUUUAAAAACUUUGUGCUUUAAGUACAGUGCAGUGUUUAAUGGCCACACAAGCCCACGUGAAUGACACUAGUUAGAAACUUUGCCAACUGUCUCCUGUCCCAAUUAAGCGACAUAGUAUCCCAAAUAAACUAAUGGAAUCCCAGCUAUUUUCCUCAGUUAGUUUUCCUUCUUUAAGAGUUGUUUCAAUUAAGUGGCUGACCUGAUUAACCAAUGGCCCAGUUAACUGGAAACCACAGUAUAGGUCUAUUUAUCUGUUAAAUUUGAAAUUUGUUGAAAAGCAGGAUUUUAAUUCUGCAGCCAUCCCAAAAGCUUUAGGCUUAAAAAGUCCUGCUUCAGAAUUCAAUUACUAAUACGUUUUAUACAUUUGUCAAUCGCCUUUUCUGUCUGGAUGUGAAUUCUUUUCAGUUCUGUGAGAUGUUAAAAUUCUCGUUGGCCUCCCCAGUUAGGGCUUUAAUGUGUUUGUCAUUAAGAGUUGAGAGUUCAUGAUACCAGAUGUGUUUGUGUUAAACUUUCUCAGAGUGAAUAAAAUAUGAAUAUCAG